AUGCGCAACCGCAGUGUGAAAACUGCUAUCAGCAGCAAAUUCUAUGCUUUUACGUGGCCCACAACCAGAAGUCAAAGCGCAAGGCGAAGAAACGCGAUGAACCUACGCCUUAGCAAACGAGCAUCCGUUAUGGGCAGCAAGCUUAGCCCUUGGGCACGACAGUUUGGACAUGGGCUGGCUGGUCACAAUGUCAAGUCUUGGUCCCAACCUGUUGCCACUAAGGCUUUUUAG